AUGUCGUCCCCCGUGGAGGAACGAAGAACUUAUCUGGAAAAGGACAAGCGCAAGGACUCGGAUAACUCUCCCACCUCCGACAAUGGAACCUAUGUGACCGAGCCCGACACGAAUCGCAACGGUGGUCACUUAAAGGUCGAUACUACAAGUUAUUCUCACGAUGAUGAGGAUCCGCCGAUGCGCACACCAUCCGCCCGUCGGGAGCAGGCUACUCGUUUGGAUGAUGAUUUGAUGCUUCUGCAAGCUGAGCGUAUGACGUCUCAUUCUACCGGCGCACCGGACGAUGAACACGACCGCAAUUCUAUCAAGCGCGCCCGUUCGCGUCGCUCCGAAGCCGUGGACGAGUUCGACGAAGCGACAAACCCUUUGCACGAGAAGACCGCAAUCUACAAGCCGCCCGAGAAACCCAAUACCCAGGUUGCCGUCUUUGUGAAGAAGCUGCACCAGUCGAGUUUCCUUGUGCGCUACUUGACCUAUAUUUCUCCCCUUGUUCUCAUCCUCUUGAUCCCGUUGCUGGUCGGCGCUCUCAAGUAUCCCAAUGCUAGUGUGGGGGGUGUAGAAUUGAUGUGGUUUUCGAUUUGGUUGGAAAUUGUCUGGUUGACUCUCUGGGCAGGACGGCUUGUUAGCAAGUGCUUCCCUCCAAUUGUUGGUCUUUUUGCAAGUGUAUUCACCAAUAACGCGAAGAAAUGGCGGGACAUGGCUAAACAGCUCGAGCUUCACGCAGCGCUCUUUUUCUGGUGGCUCGGUGUGGAGAUCUCCUUCCUGCCUACAAUGAAAAACCACCAUGUCGAUGGUAAUAGAGCGACCAGGAGUUGGGAAAAUACUCUCAACAAAAUCAUCAUCGUCAUCUUCGUGUGGACUAUCCUGAACUUCAUUGAAAAAAUCCUUAUCCAGCUGAUUGCCAUCAGCUUCCAUAUGCGAACCUAUGCGGAUCGCAUUGAAAUCAACAAAUUCCAGAUCGGUAGUUUGACCAAGCUCUACGAAUGGUCUCGGUCCACUCUCGAUGAGAAGGAUGAUGCAUUUGAGGAGAAGGCCGAAGAACCGACUCCUUCGGGCGCCAAGACCCCGUUGCACUACGCUGGUGUCGCCCAACGGAAGGCGAAGGGUGCCCUGAACAAAGUUGGAAACCGCGUGGGCGAUGUCGCCGGCGCAGUUGUGGCUGAUGUCACUGGUCGCACGGCUACUCGCAGUACGGACGCCUACCAGGUCAUUUUGGCGCUCCUGCGAACGACUGGAGGUAGUCAAGUCUUGGCACGUCGUCUGUAUCGUACCUUUGUGCGGGAUGGCUUUGAGACGGUUUUUGGUGGUGACUUGAAAGCCGCAUUUGAAGACGGCGAGGAAGCUGAAGCUGCCUUUGCCAUGUUUGAUCGCGACAUGAAUGGUGAUAUUUCCAUGGAGGAGCUGGAGGCCGUUUGCGUUGACAUUGGCCGUGAGCGCAAGUCUAUCACUGCAUCUCUGAAGGAUUUGGACUCGGUCGUAUCGAAAUUGGACAGUGUCUUCAUGUUCUUCGUGGUUGUGAUCGUCCUAAUUGUGUUCUUGUCGCUCAUCUCGACCUCAGCCGCCGGUGUGCUCACCUCCGCGGGCUCUGCUAUUCUGGCCCUGUCUUGGCUGUUCUCUGCUACUGCCCAGGAGUUCCUCCAGUCAGUCAUUUUCGUCUUUGUCAAGCACCCCUUCGAUGUUGGUGACCGUGUGACCAUCUACGGCAACUCUGGUGAUUCCGGUCUCGGUGACGAUUACUUCGUGAAGGAGAUCACUCUUCUUUACACUGAAUUCAAGAAGAUGCAAGGCCAUGUGGUGCAGGCACCAAACAGUUAUCUCAAUGGGUUGUUCAUUCUGAAUCAGCGCCGUUCCGGCGCACUUGCCGAGGCAGUUCCAAUCGUUAUCAAGUACGGUACUACCAUCGAUCAACUCGACUCCCUGCGACAGCGCCUCUUGGAGUUUGUGCGCAGCGAGAAACGUGACUUCCAGAACAACAUCCUUACCGAAAUGCGUGCGGUCACGGAGAACUUCUCCCUCACACUCAACAUCGUCUUCUUUUACAAGUCCAACUGGCAGAAUGAGGGUCUACGUUUGCAGCGCCGCAACAAGUUCAUUUGUAUGCUCAUGGUCGCUCUCCAGGAGAUCGGCAUCGAGGGCCCACGCAUGAACCUCCAGGGUGCCAAGUUCGACAUCCCCUUCCACGUCAACAAUGGCAACACCCGCUCCGUCGACCGGUCCCUCCCCAUCGACGGCGAUGCCCCGGAGGUCCCUAUCUCAGCACAGUCUCACCAACUGCCGGAGAAUACUGGAACCAGCAGCAGCAGCGCUGCCCGUCACCCGUCGAUCCUUCGCAAGGGUAUGGACACUGCCACCGCCCGCGCCCGAGGCCCAUCUGUCUCACAGCGCAAGCACGUCGAUUUCUCCUUGGGCAUGUCCAACAUGGCAUCCAACGAUAUUAUGGGCGAUGUGUUUGAGGAUCGCGGUGUGGUCGUCGAGGAUGUCGUCCGUAGCGCCAACCGUGACGCCGCCGAGCGCCGCAUCCAGGAAGAGAACGAAGACGAAGAGGAACGCCGAAGCAGUCGCACAUCUUCUUCCCGGCAUCGGCGCCCCUCCUAUAUGAGCGCCCCUUCCCAUCAUGACAACGACGCCCACAGCUUCCGUAGUGGCCAGUCAUCACUCAGUCGCAACCGGUUUUUCCAACACCGCAGCAGCGUGAGUCGUGAUCGUGACGACUUGAUGGAGCAAGGUCGCUCUGUGGACCCUGCUCCGCCUCCACCAGCUGCCGUGCAUAAGGAGCAUCCUAACUGA